AUGCUAGAUACUAAUGAUCAAAUGCUAACAGAUUUACAACCUUCAAUGAAAUGGAACGAUUGGAUUAAGGACCUGAAAAAGGUCAUUGAUGAUUCUAGUUAUCACUUAGAUGAAAUUUUCAAAUCAGAUAAUAAAAAAGCACAAGAAGAGAAAGAUAAGAAGAUUCGUCCAUUCAGAAAUGAAAAUUCAAAUCAUAUUAUUCAUGUAUAUAACAAGAAAUAG